AUGGUUCUCGCAAAAUCCAAAAACUCCGUGGGGCUGGGUAACAGCCUCAUGAAGGACCGGUUUGGCAAAGGCAAAGCGUCAAACCAGAAGAAAGUCUCGCACAAUAAUUCCGUGGCCCGUAAAGACAUGAAUGGUGAGAUGUACGUCACCAAUGGUGCUAAGGAGGCUUCGUGGGUGAAGAUGCGCAGUAUUACGGAACAGGCCGCCCUCGAUGAAUUCCUGAGCACCGCAGAGCUUGCAGGCACCGACUUCACGGCCGAGAAGAUCAACAACGUCAAGAUCAUCCAUGCGGACCAGAAGAACCCCUACCUCCUAUCAGCCUCCGAGGAGAGAUCGGCUGUCAAGAAGCAACAGAAGAACAAGGCCCGUUUGACCGUUCCGAGAAGACCCAAGUGGGAUAAGACAACGACACCGGCGGAGUUGGACGUGAUGGAACGACAGAGUCUCUUGGAAUGGCGGAGAGGUCUGGCUGAGCUUCAGGAAACCAAUGACCUUCUGAUGACCCCCUUUGAACGAAACUUGGAAGUGUGGAGACAGCUUUGGCGUGUCAUUGAACGUUCUGACCUCGUUGUACAAAUUGUCGAUGCCCGAAACCCGUUGCUGUUCCGCUGUGAGGAUCUCGACAUCUACGUCAAGGAAAUCGAUCCCAAGAAGGCCAAUUUGUUGCUUGUCAACAAGGCCGAUAUGUUGACUGAGAAGCAAAGAGAGUCGUGGGCGGACUACUUCGAGCGACAAGGCAUCGAUUACCGGUUCUUUUCGGCUCACUUGGCCAAGGACCGAAAUGAGGCGCGCCAGUUGGAGGCAGACCAGGCUGGUAGUGACAGCGAGGAAAGACUGGCUGAUGCAACCAAGACAAUGGGUAUCCAGGAUGCGAAGGGCAAACAGCCGGCGACUGAAGAGGAUCAAGGUGAAGAUAGAGGCGAUGAUCUUGCCGGUGCCAGCAAAUCUCGGAGAACAGAGAUUCUCGAUACGGACGAGCUGGAAGAGCUCUUCCUCGCCAACACGCCUGAAACUCUUCCUCAGAGCGAUAACCCAGACCAAAAGCCCAAGCAAAGGACCGUCAUCGGUCUCGUUGGUUACCCCAACGUCGGAAAGUCUAGCACAAUCAACGCCCUUCUUGGAGCCAAGAAGGUCUCCGUGUCCGCAACACCAGGAAAGACCAAGCAUUUCCAAACGCUCAACCUGUCUCCUAAGAUCAUGCUUUGCGAUUGCCCCGGUUUGGUGUUCCCUAACUUUGCCUCGACCAAGGCUGAACUCGUUGUCAACGGUGUGCUGCCCAUCGACCAACAGCGUGAAUUCAUCGGCCCUGCCGGACUGGUUGCUCAGCGUAUCCCAAGAAACUUUGUGGAAAAUGUUUACGGUGUGAAGAUCAACACCCGGCCCAUCGAAGAGGGCGGUACUGGUGUUCCAACUGCCUAUGAACUCUUGCGAGCCUAUGCCAGAGCUCGUGGUUUCGCUACUACCGGUCAAGGACAGCCUGAUGAGUCCAGAGCAGCCAGAUAUGUCUUGAAGGACUAUGUCAAUGGUAAACUACUUUUCUGCCACCCACCACCUACACCUGAGGGCCAGGACCCCAUCGAUCCCUUGGUGUUCAACGAAGAACUCUACGAUGUCGCCCAUCUUCCAACGCGACGACAAGAGAUUCUCGCCAAAGCUGCCCAAGAAGACCCCGAAAAUGCCGAUCUCGAUCCCGCCCUUGGAUCGCUGCCCCCUGUCAAGCAGCGCCCUGCGGAAUUGGGUGCCCGAUCUCGGAAUCUGGACACCGGCUUCUUCGGACCUGGAUCCAAAAUGUCUGCCGGCCGCAUGACGAUGCCCUUCAACUCCCAGUACACGGAACAAGGACAACAGAUCCGGACAAACCUGACCGGACGCAAGGAAAGACUAAUGGUCGCGUUGGAUCGAGGCGUGGACGUUUCCGAAGUGCGACCCAACACCAAGAAGCAUUUCAAGGCCAACAAGAAGAAGGCCAAGAAGGAGCGUAGGGCAGGCGAGGACGACGAUUACUAG